AUGACGACAGACUUGUUCGGACUGACCCGCGCUGUGGGGAGAAUUAAGGCAGGUCACCAAUCCACCGUCAUUUGCUGGUCAGGACAUGCCUUUUACUUUGAUGCAGUAUCUCCUCAUUGGUUGCUGCUGGCCAUUGGUUUCCCUUGGUCGUCGUUGGCAACGAUGGCGCUCGUUUUGGGAAUUAUUCGUCACUAUCGUCGUUUGUUAAUGGCCGAACCAUUGUCUAACCCAUUCUGUUUUGCUCAUCUUUCUCUUACUGUACCAGCACCAGGACCAAGACAAGAAUGGACGAGUGUACUGUACGGUCGGUGA